GCCAGUCUCGUUUUCGAGUCUCGAUCAUACACAGCUGCGACGAGAGGAUUGGGAUACGGGGCAAGAUGGGCGACCGGUACAGAUAUUCUCGGCCGCGCUCUCCCACGCUGUACAACCCAGCGCGCGCCUCUCUUCCCGUCGAUGUAGGAUAUCCCGAAUACUCAACCUCGCCCGUUCGCGAUCACCAUAUGCAUGUGGUGCCCACCGGGCGCCGCGAGGUGAUCGCCAAUCCACGGAGUAGCACUUCUUCCAUCGGUGCCAACGGGCCAGUCACAACCACGACGUACAAGAUUAAAGCCGACCCGGUGACUCGAGCAAGCAGUGUGCGAGAAAGCAGUCGCGCCCGCAGAUCCACGCUCGAUAGCACUCCUCGGCCUCCGGUACCCACGAUCGUAACGACGGGGCAUCCACACCGACACAGAGAUAGGCCCGUUGUGCAUGUGGGGAGUGCACGACCGAGUUCGCCCUUGAGGGAUCCGUAUCGGAGUAGCCAGGAGGACUACUAUGCCAUCCCCGCCAGCUCGAAACAUGGGCAUCAUCAUCACAAGAGGUACAGCGCGACGAUGGAUAAUGCGGAUAUGAAUCGGCUGGCGACAGAGCGGGAUUCAGGUCAUCUGCACAUUGCCCCGAGAGAGGAGCGCCGGUAUACUAGAACACGCCCUCUGUAUGCCAACCCUGUGGUCCGAGACACAGCCGACUACGGUGAUGACGGUUAUGGAUAUACGACACCGCGGGAUUUAGUGCAGUGGGAUCUGAACAACACGGCCACGGCGCCCAGAUACCAUGGACGCCACAGUAGCUACGAUUGGGGCAGACCGAGUAGUAUUACGAGCUACAAUGAUAUGUUGCCGCCGAGAUCGUACGAUAGCAGGGACCGACCACCAGUUUCUACAAGGGGAUUCGAUAGAAUUCCUCCGAUCAGGAAUGCUCCACCCCCAUACGAGUGGGAGCGGCCCGAGGUCAGGAUGCCGGCCCCGCCGCCUAUGGACCCGAUCCGACCCCCAAGGGCGGACAUCCCCCAGGAAAUCCCGAGGAGGAGCGACUCUGUGUCUAGGAGACCGGUGUCCUUGUACCAUGAUCGGGAAAGGAGAGGGUCAGGGAGAGAUGAUUAUUACGAGGUGAGGGAUGACGAGCCACGGUAUCGGAAUGAGAGGUAUCGCCAUGAUCGGCACGAUGACGUGGUUGAGCAGAGGGGAUAUGGCGUUCGGUCGGAGAGGGUUGAACCAGUGCGCUCAGAACGACACGAUAGGGCAGAACUUCCGAAAUCAGAGCAUAGGGUGGAGAAAGACAGACAUGAUGACGAUCACAAGGAUCACAAAGGUCGGGAAGCCGCCAUGACUGGUCUAAGUCUCGCAGGAGCAGCUCUUGGAGUCAAAGCGUUCAAGGAUACACCAGAUGAACACGAUGACCGAGACGAGCCAAGGAGGAGGAGAGAUUACGAUGAGGAGCCACGUCGACGCCGUGAUCCUCGAGACGAUAGAGAUGCGGUCGAUUCGAGUGGCCGUGAUCCUAAAGAACGCCGACGCAGAGACGACUCACCAUCCCGCGAGAGUAAAGAACGCUCUGCUCCUCCAGCCCCGGAAAUAGUCGAUCUUUCCAGCCGGGACCCCAAAGAACGCCAUGGCUCCCGCGAUGAACGACAUGCCUCUCAUCACGAACGACAUGGCUCACGUGACGGCCGGGAGACUGACCCUGAAUCGCGCCGUCCUCUCUCUGAAACCGCAGCCAACGGAACAGCAAUCGAAACCGAACCCUCCACGGCUUCCGACGAAGCACAGCCUCGUCACUCUCGACAGCGGCGAGAAUCUGGACCUGGCUUCAACCCCCGCGAUACUAUGGACUUGAAAGCGCUUAAAGAAGCUCUGAACAAGGAAUCCCCACCACCCGCCACACAACCUGCCCCUACAAGGACCCCUAGGGAAUCCAUUUCCAAAGACUCCCGCGAGUUGACGGAAGUCCGCUCGGACCUACAAUCCGACUCUCGCAUCCCCCGCAUCGUCACCCCGCCUCCUACGACUACUGAGACCAAAGCCCCGGUCAAGGGAAUCUUACGAGCCCCUAGGGAAAAGUUCCCCGAAGAUCCAGCGCCAAUCAGAGAGGGUGUAGCGCCAUUGAAGGAUGCGAAGAAAGAUGGUGUCCCGCCUGAUGCGAGAUGGACUAAGAUCAGUAGGAAGUUAGUUAAUCCUGAAGCCCUCGAGGCGGGGAAGGAACGGUAUGAAGCGCGGGAGGAUUUCGUUAUCGUUCUUAGAGUGCUGUCAAGGGAUGAGGUACAGGCGUAUGCGGAAGUUACGGAGCGGAUUAGAGCGGCAAGAGAAGAAGCAGAAGAGGCCGAAGAACGCGCCGCCCGCCGUCGUGCCCGUCGUGAGAGACAUGAGCGUCACAAACGCGAGCGUGCAGAACGCGGACUCGACCCCCACCGCUCCUCAUCCCACAGCAACCGCCACCACCGUCGGGACGCCAAGGAAUCCCACUCCGAAUCCGAUUCUACCUCCGACGAACCCAGCAAGGGCGACAAAGUCAAAGACCGCCCAUCGGGUCGCCGGGAUAGUAACAGGAUGAAAGCCAUAGAACCGUCCCAGGGCCCCGUUAUGAGCGGUGGUCUGGCGGGGGAAGACAAGAAAUCCCUGCCGACGAGGGCAGAUCUGGUCGGGUCCUCGCUCCGCGAGAACCCUGACGCCCCGGGCCAGUAUGUCGGCUAUACCCGCAAUCCACCGCUGGUAUCCGGCGGCGCGGGAUUGGGACGCAAGGACAGAGACUAGGAUACGUUGUUAUACUUGUAUGAAGAAGCGUGGUAAUGAGUUUGAUACAGCAAGCGAGCGAGCGAGCAUGAAUGAACAAAAAGCGUUGUUUGAUGAGUGGACUACGGGCGUUCGUCCGUGGAGACUUGGAUUUGAAGAGAUGUAGUUACAGCAUAGCGGAUUUUGUAGGUUUAUAUUUGAUUCAAUAGGGGUCGUCUUGGAUUGUUAGAACUUUGUUCGUAUGGGGUUUGCUUCCUUAUAUCCUCUUGUUGAAGGAAGGGAGAGGGUGAUUUUUUUCCCAUCUACCUGGGUGGUAGAUAGAUAGGUAGAUAGGUGGUUUCUAGAUUCCUAACUAUUUCUUUG